AUGGGGGCCUUGACGGUCUUGGCCUUCUGCGUGCUGGCAACCCUGCUUGCCGCGGAGCGCAGCGAGCGGCAUCUGCAGGUGUUUCUGGGGACCGAUGCAGACGAGCACCAUGGCGUCCAUAGGGCCGACACCAAGCCUGGAAGCCGCACGCACAUCGAAGAGGUCGCAGCCGGCAGCGCCACGAGGCUCGGCCCUGCCAAGUCUGAGUGUACCGGGCCGGCGGCCUUAAGGUCUGCCUUCCUGGAGCUCGGGGUCCUGGCUGAAAAGCUCACGGGUGAUCCAUGCUCCUGGCCCGGAGCCGGCUGCGAUGAAAGCGAGUGCGUGGUGAAGAUCGACUUGUCGGGGCGGCCGCUCUCGGGCCGCGUCGGAGUCCUUCCGAGGGAGCUCGAGUCACUGCGCCUUUCAAACACCAAAGUCCACGGAAACACCAGCGCCUUGCAGCACCUGAUGCAGCUGAUGCACCUGGACCUCAACAACACCCAAAUUGCCGGCAGUCUAGAGCCACUGGCUCCCCUCACGCAGUUGCGCGCCCUGCGCCUCUCCAACACCCAAAUUGCUGGCGACCUCCAGCCACUGGCUCCCCUCACCCAAUUGCAGUACUUGCACCUCCACAACACCCAAAUUGCCGGCGACCUCCAGCCACUGGCUCCCCUCACCCAGCUGCAGGACCUGAACCUCCACAGCACCCAAAUUGUCGGCGACCUCCAGCCACUGGCUCCCCUUACAAAGCUUCAGCGCCUGAGCCUCUCCAACACCCAAAUUGCCGGCGACCUCCAGCCACUGGCUCCCCUUACAAAGCUGCAGCGCGUGAAACUCUCCAACACCCAAAUUGCCGGCGACCUCCAGCCACUGGCUUCCCUCACCCAGCUGCAGGAACUGUACCUCCCCAACACCCAAAUUGCCGGCGAUCUCCAGCCACUGGCUCCCCUCACAAAACUGCAGCGCCUGAGCCUCCCCAACACCCAAAUUGCCGGCGACCUCCAGCCACUGGCUCCCCUCACCCAGCUGCGGUACCUGAACCUUGACGACACCCAAAUUGUCGGCGACCUCCAACCACUGGCUCCCCUCACACAGCUGCAGCACCUUAGCCUCUCCAACACCCAAAUUGCUGGCGACCUCCAGCCACUGGCUCCCCUCACCCAGCUGCGGGCCUUGGACCUCUUUGACACCAAAAUUGCCGGCGACCUCCAGCCACUGGUUCCCCUCACCCAGCUGCAGGACCUGGACCUCGACAGCACCCAAAUUGCCGGCGACCUCCAGCCGCUGGCUCCCCUUACCCAGCUGCAGAAACUGCACCUCGACGAGACCGAAAUUGCCGGCGACCUCCAGCCACUGGCUCCCCUCACCCAGCUGCGGGACCUGAGCCUCUCCAACACCCAAAUUGCCGGCGACCUCCAGCCACUGGCUCCCCUCACAAAGCUGUGGCGCCUGAGCCUCUCCAGCACUCAAAUUACCGGCGACCUCCAGCCACUGGCUCCCCUCACCCAGCUGCAGGACCUGAACCUCCACAACACCCAAAUUGCCGGCGACCUGCAGCCACUGGCUCCCCUCAUCCAGCUGCAGGAACUGUACCUCUACAACACCCAAAUUGCCGGCGACCUCCAGCCACUGGCUCCCCUCAUCAAGCUGCAGGAACUGCACCUCUACAACACCCAAAUUGCCGGCGACCUCCAGCCACUGGUUCCCCUCACCCAGCUGCAGUACCUGGACCUCGACAACACCCAAAUUGCCGGCGACCUCCAGCCGCUGGCUCCCCUCACCCAGCUGCAGGAACUGCGCCUCUCUGACACCAAAAUUGCCGGCGACCUCCAGCCACUGGCUCCCCUCAUCCAGCUGCAGGAACUGCGCCUCUACAACACCCAAAUUGCCGGCGACCUGCAGCCACUGGAUGCCCUCACCCAGCUGCAGUACCUGGACCUCGACAACACCCAAAUUGCCGGCGACCUCCAGCCGCUGGCUCCCCUCACCCUGCUGCAGGAAAUGUACCUCUACAACACCCAAAUGAAGGACCAGAUUGGGCGCCUUACCGGCUUGCCAAACCUGGCUGAGGCACGCUUGUUUCCUCUCAGUUGUGGGGAACUGGCGCACUGGUCGAUCUCAGCUCCACGCAAGUUCACGGGCGCCUUGCUGUUUCGUGGCGCGGCCGCCUGGCUAUCAGCCGCAGGCCGGCUGACGAAGCUUGCUACCCUCAAGCUGGCGGGCAGCCAGGCCGAGUUCCUUCCAAGCGGAAAAGAGCUCCAGGAGCUCUUCAUCGAGGACUCGUCCCAGAAGCUCCUGCCAGCACUCAUGACCUUGGUGUCAGACUGCCCUCUCAAUGGUCCUGUGGAAGACCUCCUCAUGCCGCUGGCGGCUUCAGGGCAACUCACGCGCCUGCUCGCCCAGCGUGCCAACCUCUCUGGGCAUGUGCCAGACAUAGAUUGCCUUAAGCGAGCAAGAGUAGACGGCCAAGUCUAUGAUGAGCACUGUGCACUUCCCUUGUCCAAAUCGCUGCAAGAGCUAGACCUCUCGGGCAACAAGAUUACCGGUGCGGACGCCCUGCCGGUCCAGACGUACAUCUCAUUGGCCAACAACCCACCGAUUACGUUCGCAACUGGUACUUUACAGAGUGCCCUCGAACAGAACCUUCGGCUGGACCUAGGUGGCACGGCCAUCACAAAUAUGCGGGAUGUCUCACGUCUCUUUGAGACAGGUGCCUUGCGGAUGACAGCGCAGACAACCUCGACAAAUGCCACUGGCGGUUACAGCUGCCACGACGUGACGUCGAGCUCACUGAGAAUGAGUCCUCACCUGUUUUGGCCACAAGGCCUAUGUGGCUGCACUGCGGGAUACGAAGGCAGCGGCACCGACUGCAGUGAGUGCGCCAACAACACCUUCAAUGAUGCCUUCAACAGCUCUUGCCGUCCCUGCCCGGCAAACAGCACCGCCGGCAAAGGCACUGCCUCCAUCGAUGGCUGUCGGUGUGACUUGGGCAGGAUGAUUAACGAUGCCUGCCAAUGUGACAACGGACAAGCCUUAUCCCAGCUCCUGGCAAAGCAUGUGGACUGCCCUGUCGGAAGCACCGUGGAGACGGCGAAGCCUAAGGUGGGCUACGCGCGGCUGGUCCGUCAGGCUUCCGUGGUUUUCAGGUGCUUGGAUCCGGCUGAGGAGCGGUGCAAUGCUUCAGGGAGCCCUGACAUAGGCUGCACGACCGGUGGCUACGAGGGGCCUCUCUGCAUCGCCUGCUCGGAGGGCUACCGCAGCCGCUCCCGCCAGUGCACCAAGUGUGAUGUGGCUUCCGACACCCGUGUGACAGCGGCCGGCGUCGCCACAAUGGCUGCAGUGGUAGCGGUGGUGGCAGGUGGCAUCUACUUCUGGAGGAGCCGUGCAGCGGAUUCAGGGCCGGCAGACGCAGCGCCCGUGCCGCAGGGCGGCCCUGUGCUGCUCCAGCUGUUCCAGCUGUGGGGCGUGCUGCUUGGGACCAAGGAGGUGGUGGAGGCUCUGGAGGUAGUGGAGGAAUACGUGCAGUGGCUGCAGAUGACAGCAAAGGGCUUCCGCGAUGCCAUGAGCUUGGAGUGUGCGUACGGCAGGAGCGCCCAGUCCCUAUGCGCUUUGGCUUCGCCCUGCAUCCCGCUGCUGCUGCUGGCACUGUGCAUGCCUUUGGAGGCGGUGCGGCAUGGAGCUGGCACGGAGCCCGGCGUCAGCUCGGCCCUGAAGUUGCUGACGGCGCUCUUCAUCGGGGGUGGCGAGCCUUUGCAGAAGCAUGCCUUCCGCGUGGCCUUGCCGCUUGUGAAGUGCGACGCAUGGGGCGGAGAGGCAGCUUGG